AUGUCCCGGUGGGAAAGUUUUCCCAUUAGCGAGCAGGAACAGAAAUAUCUCUCCGCCACAACAACAACGUGAGCUUUUAACCUAUCUAAAAGUUGAGGAUAAAACCUUUUUUUCUCAGAACUCCAGAGCCUAUCACAGUUCAACACCUCAGACAGGGCCUCGGGGGCCUCAUUAGACAAGAAAUUUCAGGUGUGAUGUUUUUGCCAAAAUUAUAAUAAUGGGUGAAUAUGAGUUGUAAGAACUUGAGAAAAAUGAAUUCAAAUUAUUACGCAAUGGAACGAUAGAGCGUGGGAUGGAGGGAAAAAGCUUUACUGGAAUUUAUGAAAAGUUGACUAAUACUUUUCGACUCUACACUGAUCUCAUAACGAAAAUUUAGUACUUGUUUGUGAGCGAUGAAACAUUUCAUUUUAAAUACGAAGGAGACAAAAAAAGAAUAAAGCUCAAAAAGAAAUUCUCAUAUUUUAUUGAAACGAUAUUAUUUAAAUUUCUCGCUAUAAAUUUAUUGACCCUCUCAAAAUCUAUUCAUCUUCCAGAAAGUGGACAGAAUAUCUGCUUCUACCGGUUCAAUGGAGCAGAUUCGCCAAUACCGUACCUUUGCGAGUUGGGCUGCUGUAAUCAUGGUUGCUGUACUGUGUCAGACAUCGCCGCGUGAGAUAUCAUUUUUUUUUUCUCAUGAAAUAGUUUGAAUGAGAACUUUCGACGAGCUUUCAAAGGUUUUGGGCUCUUUUGAACUUUCAAAAAAGAAGUCAAAAACUGAAAUAUGACUCUCCUGAACUCAAUUCAUAAAGUUCAUACUCUAAAGCGUUCAUUCACAAAAAAAAUAGCUGAAAUUGAGAUUUUCAGAGUCAUCGGGGUAGUGAAUCCAAAUUUUUCUGACCAAAUGCAAAUACUUUGUGAACCAAUUCAUAAUGACCAAAAAUUAUGACAGGGAAAAAAAUGGAAAUAAAAAGGAAAUAAAAAAAUUCAUUGAAAUAAUUUAUUUCACACACCAGCCUGCCCUUGCAUUUAUUGAAAUUCAAUCUUAAUUGGAUUGCUUUUGGAUUUUAAAAUUUUAAGCAAUGGUUAAAAAACGAUUAGUGAACUUUCUGCUUUAUGAAUGAAUCUUCAAACUUGUAUCAUUUAUCAAUGAUUUCUGUUUCAGGAGAAGCACUUCAUUUGGUUGGGCCAUUGCGCUACUUGUCUUAGUGCUGAUCACAAUAGUUUUCGCCAUCCUUGCCUUAUUAUCCGUUUGGCUGAUGAACAGGCAUAAAGACAAGAUCCAUAAGCAGCAACUGGCCGAAAGUACAAUUGAAAGUUCUUCCGUUAGCCAGGUGGGUCAACCUAACCUCUCAAUGAUUCCAACAGAAAAGUUUCAAACUUUUGUUACAGAUCAGUGGACCGACUUCUUUCUAUCCCGAGGCGUACUUCCAGCCAAACAUGGCUGGUUUCAAACCUUACUGA